AGGCCGCAAACUAUUCUCGGACAUCCUCUGAAUUUUUCAAAGAAAACAACAUCCGAAAAUCAAAAAUGGCGCCUCCCAUAGCAUUGAGAGGUUCAGCAGGAGUAUGGAUGGUGAAUGGUCCACCAAAUCUAGGAUCUAGACCAGAUUUUCCAGAGGAUAAAAGUAAAGGCUGCAAAGUGAUUACCUUCAGUUCUGAUGGAAGUUUGGUCAGCUGGUGCAACGGAGACAAAACGUUUAUACUGAGAACAUCGGAUUACAGGCAGCUGGCAGAGAUUGAUAAAGCAAAGGCUAACUGUCUUAAAUUCUCCCCGAGAGGAACAAUCCUGGCUCUAUGGGAAAACUAUACAGUUAACAGAGAAACAAAUCAGGGGAACCCCAAUCUUCACCUGUACAACGCACAGACAGGGGAACUCUUAAAAAGUCUCAUCCAGAAAAAACAGCUCAACUGGGAUCCUAAGUGGACCAAUGACGAGGCAAUCUGUUGUAGAAACGUCAACAACGAACUUCAUUUCUUUGAGGCGAAUGCAUUUGACACAAUCAAGACAAAGCUGCACAUACAGAAAGUGUCCACGUUUGCUUUAGCAGAGAGUGGCCCUCCUUACCACGUAGCGGGAUAUGUGCCGGGGUCAAAGGGCCAGCCAUCCUUUGUCAGAAUUUACAGAUACCCAAACUUUGGGGGGCCUCAGGCAGCCUUGGCCAACAAAAGCUUCUUCAAAGCAGACGACGUACAGUUGAAAUGGAACAAUGCGGGAACUGCUCUUCUCGUUCUGACGUCCACAGAGUCAUCGGAUAAGAGUUACUAUGGUGAUCAAGGCCUUCACUUCAUGGGAACCAAUGGGGAAUGCUGUAUAGUGAAUCUGUCAAAAAAUGGCCCCAUAUACCACAUAGAAUGGAGUCCCCGUUCCACGGAGUUUGUGGUGGUGUAUGGCUUUAUGCCUGCCAAAGCAAGUAUAUUCAAUAUGAAAGCAGAGCCCGUUUUUGACUUUGGAACCGGUCCCCGGAAUUUGGCCUACUUCAACCCACAUGGAAACAUUUUGUGUUUGGCUGGUUUUGGGAAUCUCCAUGGUAAUUUGGAAUUCUGGGAUAUGAGAUCUAGAAAGCUGAUGGUACAAACCCAGUCUCAAGAUACAACCAGCUUUGAGUGGUGCCCUGAUGGUGAACAUGUGCUCACCGCCACCACAUCACCACGGUUACGUGUUGCUAACGGGUAUCGCGUAUGGCAUUGUUCAGGGAAGAUGCUGUUGCAGGUUAAUGCUGAUAAAGAGACGGAAUUGUGGGAGGCGUUAUGGCAGCCAGCUGCAGAAGGAGAAUAUCCUGUACCAGCCAUUACAGCAAACAGUGUAACAAUCAAAGCAGCACAGUCCGAGCCGGAGCCAAAGGUGCAGGCAUAUCGACCUCCACAAGCCAGGGGAACCGCCGCCUCAAUUAAACUACAUGAGUAUGAAGCACCCAGUGAUCCGAAUAAAAAAGUCUCGCAGGAUCCUAACAAACCUAUGACAAAAAACCAAAAGAAAAGAGAAGCAAAGAAAGCCAAAGCACAACAGGACGGACAGAAUGUGAAAGCGGAGCCCCUCCCCCCAGCUGCCUCAAACAUGUCUCAGGCUGCUGCCUUCACGUCAUCUGGUGACCCCGACAAAGACAAGAAAGUCAGAAACCUCAAAAAGAAAAUACAGCAGAUUGAGAAGUUAAAAGAGCAACAACAGUCGGGAAAACAGUUGGAACUAAAUCAGGUACGCCCUGUGUUAUAUACAGUGUUAAUCUCGUGUCAAUAUGAAUCUGAUACAGUCUGUGUUAUAUACAGUGUUAAUGUCAUGUCAAUAUAAAUCAGAUACAGUCUGUGUUAUAUACAGUGUUAAUCUCGUGUCAAUAUGAAUCCGAUACAGUCUGUGUUAUAUACAGUGUUAAUCUCGUGUCAAUAUGAAUCAGACACAGCCUCUAUUAAUGUUAAUUCUCACUAUGAAUUCAGUUGUAACAAGUUCCAUGUAAUUCAUUCCUAAGUACUAGUAGAUUUGGUAUAAACACAGUCGUUUUGCUUUCAGAUUGAGAAAAUAAAAUCAGAAGAGUCAUUACUGCAGGAGUUAGCUGCCCUUGAAGUCAGCUGAUGUGAUAUCCGUGUGAUAUUAGAAGGACACAGUUUUAGCACGAGUGUUGCUAGGAGUGUACAUGCCGAUUAUUGUGAUAACAUGUACUUCUACCUUUUGUUGUUUAACUGAACAGGGAAAAAUUGUUUUGAACAUUUUUUGUUGUUGUUUAUUUAAAGGAAAGUCAAUUAACGUUUUGCAUUGUCCAUGCCUCCAAUAAAAUCAUAAAUCAUGGUUAAA